AUGAAAGUAGACACGUGUCUUACAUUGCUGACCGGUCUGGAUGAGUGUUAUGUUAAGGAAUGCUCACCCUCUUCGCACAUCACGGAGGAAAAUUAUCGCUAUUACGACAUAUCCAAAAAGAAAUCAAAGCAUCUUCUUGAUGUCUAUUGUCAUUCAGAAAAAGCAGAUAUAGGGCUGUGGAGAGACACCAAGACUCCAGUGUUUGCCAUCGGACAGUUGGAGAAAAGCGAUUCUAAGCAUCCAGCUGCUCAAGCCACAGAAGCUCUUGCGGGAACCUACCACAAUUUGUUACCAACACUACCUAAUACUCCGUCUCCUGGUGAUGAGAAAACGAGUCACCAGCAAAAGAGAAUUAGAAAGAUGAAAAGCCAGCUCAGCUUGCGUAUCCAGACCAACAACCAGCCUAUCUGCCCUGCUUGGACGAAGGACGAAACUCAUCUGGGUUCUCAAUUUGACUCAGCAUGGGCACAAGAAGAACUCGCUGAGGGAGAAUAUGAAAGUGACAAAGAGUCAAACGACAAGUCUGGAUCCUCGACCUUAACAAUCGCUCCAAGUAUCAAUCCCGGAUUUCAGAUCUGUCUCGACCUUCUGACCAGCGAGCUCACUGCUGCUUUCUUUCAACGACACCCCAUGGAAGACCAGAAACGGGCUUCCAGAUUACAGAUUCAGCUCCUGAUCGAAGCGUAUGAAGAUCUUCUCCAACAGGUGCAGCAGAGGCAAGGCGGGCUUCACAUCUCCAGUGUUUCGGAAGAGGAAUGGGAAGGUACGGAAAGGCUUUUUGAGUAUUGGUUGGAUAUGUUGUACUAUUUUUAUGAUCUUACGGAGGCUUCCGAGGGGAUGAAUAGUUUGUAG